CACCUUAAUUUCCGACGACGAACGAGAAUGAAGGAACUGAUCAAAUUUCUUUACCGCCACCACAACAACACAUAAAUCUCCACUCUUUGAUAUCACCGCAUUCUCUCUCUUUCUCUCGGGUCAACAACGAUGGGGGUUCCUCAGGCAAUGGAGGCCGUGACAGCCAGGGCAGAGCGCAUACGCGAGUCUCUACAGAAGAGCCAGACCGUCACCGACAGCAUGGUCGCCAUUCUCGGCUCCUUCGACCACCGCCUCUCCGCCCUCGAAACCGCCAUGCGUCCCACUCAGAUAAGAACGCAUUCGAUUCGGAGGGCGCAUGAGAACAUUGACAAGACGUUGAAGCGAGCUGAGGUCAUAAUGGGCCAAUUCGAUCAUACACGCAAGGCAGAGGCUAAAAUACUGAGAGGCCCGCAUGAGGACCUCGAAAGCUAUUUGGAAGCAAUUGAUCAGCUGAGAAGCACCAUCAACUUUUUCAAGGUCAAUAAGACUCUCAAGAGUAGUGAAGGUGUCAUUAAUCAUGCCAAUAACUUGCUUAAUAAGGCCAUCUCUAAGCUCGAAGAUGAGUUUCGACAGCUCCUUUCAAAUUACAGCAAGCCGGUGGAGCCUGAUCGUCUGUUUGACUGUCUUCCUGACUCUCUAAGACCAUCAGCAGAUCAAUCAAAAGGUGAUGGAAAUGGAAAGUCUGAGCAACAGCAGAGAAGGUUACAACCUGUCAUCUACACGCCAUUAACUCUUAUUCCUCCGAGGGUUCUGCCGUUGCUGCAUGAUUUAGCCCAACAAAUGGCUCUAGCUGGCCAUCAACAACAGCUGUUUAAGAUCUACAGGGACACUCGUUCUUCAGCUUUGGAGCAAAGCUUGAGGAAACUAGGUGUGGAAAGACUUAGCAAAGAGGAUGUCCAGAAAAUGCAGUGGGAGGUUUUAGAGGCUAAGAUUGGGAAUUGGAUACAUUAUAUGCGGAUAGCUGUGAAACUGCUGUUUUCUGGGGAGAAGAAAAUAUGUGAUCAAAUAUUUGAAGGUGCCGAGUCACUGAGAGAACCAUGUUUUGCUGAAGUUACUGGAAACAGUGUUUCUGUGCUUCUAAGUUUCGGGGAGGCUAUUGCCAGAAGCAAGAGGUCACCUGAAAAAUUAUUUGUUCUUUUAGACAUGUAUGAGAUAAUGCGAGAACUUCAGUCAGAGAUUGAAUUUCUCUUUGGAAGCAAACCUUCCAUAGAAAUGCGGGAUGCUGCAGUGAGUUUGACAAAGCGUCUAGCUCAGACAGCCCAGGAAACUUUUGGUGAUUUUGAAGAAGCGGUUGAAAAAGAUGCCACAAAAACUGCUGUUCUUGAUGGAACUGUUCAUCCAUUAACAAGCUAUGUGAUAAACUAUGUGAAGUUCCUCUUUGAUUAUCAGUCUACUCUGAAGCAACUAUUUCAAGAGUUCGAUGAAGGUGAUGCUGAUUCCCAGUUAACCACUGUAACUACAAGGAUUAUGUCAGCUCUUCAGAAUAACCUGGAUGGAAAAUCUAAGCAGUAUAAGGAUCCUGCUUUAACUCAACUAUUUCUCAUGAACAACAUUCACUAUAUAGUGAGAUCUGUACGGAGAUCAGAAGCAAAGGACUUGUUGGGGGAUGACUGGGUGCAGAUACACCGAAGGAUUGUGCAACAGCAUGCAAAUCAGUACAAGAGGGUUUCUUGGGCAAAGAUUCUCCAGUGUCUUACUGUCCAGGGAUCAGGCGGUACAUCUGAUAGUGGACUAUCAAGGGCAACAGUUAAAGAGCGGUUCAAGACCUUUAACAUCCAAUUUGAGGAGCUUCAUCAAAGGCAAUCACAGUGGACGAUUCCUGACAGCGAGUUGCGAGAGUCUUUGAGGCUGGCUGUAGCCGAAGUUCUUUUGCCUGCUUACAGAUCAUUCAUCAAACGUUUCGGACCGAUGAUCGACAAUGGGAAAAACCCAGGGAAGUAUAUCAAGUUUAGUCCUGAGGCUAUUGACUCCAUGCUGAAUGAAUUUUUUGAGAGCAAGACCUGGGGUGAUCAAAACCGUAGAUAGUCUGUUUCGAACACUAGGCGCUAACAUUCACUUUGUUAUUCUUUUGUACAAUGGUUUUAAAUAUAAGGUCAGUUUAACUUGUCACAUGUAAAGCUUGUGUUAUUCGUCAAAGCUAUUGUGCUCUAUACUCUUUCUAGCUAUUAGCUUGAAAGAAGAAAAUGUCAACACUUCACUCGUGGUAUAGUUGUUAUUUUCUACUCUCGUUCUCAUACUCCUGCUGGAUGUCUA